AUGUCUGCAGUCCGUGCGAUACCGACGGCGUGCCACGCGAAACCUCGGACUCCGAAUCCUCGGGCUCCGGCGCGUCAUACGCGAGCCCCGGUUUCGCGCGCGUGCGCGUCGUCAUCGUUACGUGAAGGCGUCGUAGCGAUAGACGAACUACACGCGCAGCUGCCUUUCGACAGGGAUACGUGGAAGAUGUUCAUGUCCGAGUACUGGCAGAAGCGGCCUUGUGUGAUUCGCGGGGCCGUAAAUUCAACAAUCCCGGAAAUCGACGCGGACGAGCUCUCUGGACUCGCGUGCGAGAACGUCUUCCAGCCUCGCAUCAUUAGGAAAGGCGAAGGACGUUCAGACUGGGCGUUAGAAAUGGGGCCGUUCUCUGAAGACGAGCUUCGCGCUCUUCCUACCGCCGGGUCGUGGUGUUUGAUCAUGAACGAUUUAGAGAAACACAUUCGCGAGGUGAAGGGGCUUCUGGCCUUGUUCGACCACUUCCCGCGCUGGCGUGUCGCGGACGUUCAGGCGAGUCUAUCUGCUGAUGGCGGAAGCGUAGGACCACAUUCAGAUCAGUUCGAUGUGUUUCUUAUUCAAGCCGAGGGAAACAAGGCGUGGUCGAUAUCGGAUAGUGCCGAGUACGCGCCUGAUAACGAGAGUGCGUUUUACCAGGAUAUCGACGUGAGGGUGUUGAAGGACUUCCGACCCACGUCUAGUAGCUUGCUCGAACGAGGUGACAUGCUGUACUUGCCUCCCAAAGUCGCUCACCACGGCGUCGCAAAGGGCUGCGACACCGUGUGCGUGACCUACAGCGUCGGGUUCCUCGCGCCUACGCACGACGAGUUAGUCUCGUCCUUUGCCCAAGCCUCUGUGAACGAACGCGCCGCUGUGGAGCGUUGGAGUGAUCCGUGGCUUGAACCACAAUGCGAUGUCGGAAAGAUCUCAUCGGCGGCGGUAACACACGCGACGGAAAUCAUUCGAAAUGCGAUGCCGAAGAACGAGACGGACGUCGCGAGAUGGUUCGGUUGUCACGUCACCGGAAGCGGGGGCGUCGACGACGCGUUCUUCGCCCCUGUCGACGACGUCACUGCUGACGAGUUGAUCGCGGAGUGGACCGAGACCGGUUUCCUCUUUCGGCGGGGAGAUAUUAAGUUUGCAAUCAUAGAAGACGUGAGUGAUGGCAGUCUCGAUGGGUGCUUAUUUUUCGCGGCUGGAAGCGUGUGGACGGUAAAGUCACCAAGGUGUAUCGAGUUCGCUCGUCACGUCGCGAACCAUGACGAAAUAGAGGCGGACGAGCAAGGUGCUAUUGCACGACUUGUUUAG